UACAGGUGACCUUCACCCGGGAUGUCAACAAACAUGUCUGCCUCCAUCAUCGGUGAAUGAGUUAUCUCAAUAUCUGAUUGUUUUCUGCAUAAACGUAUUAGCUUUUUAAAGAAAGUAUACGGGAGUCUGUUUGAUAUAUAGUAAGAAUCUGGUAUAGAAGAUAAAAUUUCAAGACACGUCCUACUUUUCUGCUCCGACUGGGCUAAUUAUUCUAAUGAAGUCGGAAAUUGAUAACCUAUCUUCUAAGUUGUGUUCUUCUAGUUCAGCUGUAUGUGUGAACAUGUGUAGGAGUUGGUAAUAAUGGCAGUUUAGUUGUGAUGUGACCAUUAUAUAAAUAUAGUAUGAGCUUCCAUCUGAUAACCCAUGCUGUAUGUGCAGCUGUUAUUGCUACAUUAAUACGUAAAUACCUCUACAUCAGUUACCAAUAUGAAGAAUUAGAAAUAUUAUAUGAAUCAUGUACAAACCACAUUGAAGGUAAACAACCUGGUUUUAAGAGCCAUGGCACAGAAUCGAAUCAAUUUCAUAAUAAAUACCUGGAAGAAGAAACAAUGGAAGUCAGAUUAGGAUUAGGAGAUAAUCUGAACAAAUUUGAUAAUACAAAAGAAAUGGAGUAUUUUGAUAAUCUUAUGACUAGUGGUAGUGAUGAUUAUUUGACUGAUGAAUUGGUCAAUGAUUAUACAGGAACACAAUUUACUCCAAGGUCUGAAGAAAAGGUUUUGAUUUCUGAAUCAACAUCAAAAUAUAUUUUACCAAGCACCUCACACACCAAUCAACAGCACCCAGAAGCUAUUGUUAAUCCAUCAGAGGUACAAGAAAAGCAACCUAUAAGUGAAAGUAAAGUGACACCCACCCCAUAUACUUCUGUUUGGUGCCAUGGAGCCAGUACCAAAGACAGAAUCUGCCAUUUCCACAAUCUGUGCUAUCAUACAAAACACAAGGAUUUUAUUUUCUUUCAAGAUAAAAAUAGUUUUCACGAAAAUCUUCCCCUCGAAAAUAACUUUAUGAAUAUAUUAGACAUGUCUUCAGUUGCGAACCAUAAUUUACAUUACUUUUCACUGACUACUUUACCCAGUCAUGCAAUAAAUAAUUUUACAAUCAAGUGGAUAAAGCCUAUUAGUUUAAUAUUUAAUCGUUUUAAACUUGAUAAUGUUAUGCAUGUUAUACACGAUGAUAUAUUACCACUUCAUCAUACACUUAAACAAAUCUCAUUUAAUACUAAUAAUUCUACAAACUUUAUAACGACUAGUGAUUCAAAUCUUCAUCAAAAGUUUGAUAUUCAGCUUGUUGCAAUGGAUGGAUUAGAAGAAGACGAAGAUUCUUUAUUGAUGUAUAAUAUAUUUUCAAAUCAUAAUCUGCUAACACGAGAAGCGAUUCAACAAAUGAGUGAAAUGGUCUGUUUUAAUGAUGCUUAUGUUGGAAUUUCAAAAUUAACAACUUGGUACCAAUAUGGAUUUCAUGAACCACAAGGACCUUUAGAUACAUCUGUGACUGGAUUUCAUAUUCAUCAAUCUAUUAACUACAUUCUAGCCAAUAUAAACAGUGACUGUCCACUCUGUAACAUUGGUCAGUAUUUAGUGCUAAUAUCUAGGAAAAACAAUCGACUCAUCAUAAAUGAAAUGGAUCUAAGUGUAGCAGUAGCUCAGAAAAUAGGAUUGCGAGUUAUGUCAGUUAGCUUAGAAACUCAUUCUCUUGAAGAGAUUGUGAAUAUUGUUCAUCAUUCUAAGGGUAUUAUAGGAAUGCACGGUUCAUUAUUAGUGACAGCUGCAUUUCUGCUACCGGGUAGUAUUUUAAUGGAGUUGUUUCCCUUUGCGAUCAAUCCAUCGCACUACACACCAUAUAAGACAUUAGCAGAGUUGCCUAACAUGGGAAUAGUCUAUAAAUCUUGGGUUAAUACACAUAUUAAUAAUACUCAGAUGCAUCCUGAUUGGUCACCAGCAUUAGGAGGAAUACAGCAUUUAGAAAACCAACAAGAAAUCAUGGAUCAAAAAGAAGUUCCCAAACAUUUAUGCUGUGAUGAUCCUUCUUGGUUGUUUCAUAUUUAUCAAGACACUAUAGUUCACAUACCAGAAAUCAUACAAUUAAUUCAAUCAGCACUUUUAAAAUCUGAAUCAAAAUCAUAUACCGGUAACAGGAACCAGUUAGUACCAGGUACAGUUUCUAACAUUAAGUGCACUAUUCGAGAACAUAAAGCAUCAAUAAGUUGGAACAUACCAUGGAAUAUACAGUAUUUAGUUCAGGAAUCUUUGUCAUAUGAUUUAUGGUUUUAUCAUGUCAAAUCUAAUACAACAUCAUCUUAUAUUUUACCAAAUAUAACUAGUCAUUCCAUAAAUUCCAUUAUAAAAAAUGAUGAUUAUUUAGUUUGGAUGAGAUGUAAGCUGAAUGAUGUUUUAGGUGUGUUUAGUGAAUCUGUGAAGUGUGGUAUUCAGAGUAAUUAGUGCUUAAAUAGUUGAUAUUAUUCAUAUAAGGAAUGAAAUUUAUUGAUAUGAACAGAACUGUUGAACAAUUGUGACAUGCAAACAUGACAGGUAGUAUUUGAUUGUAAUUAUGCAUUUAUUUCACUGCAAACUCCAGAUAUUUAUAAUGAUAUAUGAUAAUAAAAAUAGGUUAUAAUUCA